AUGUCGUUCUGCAGCCAGCAGCUCAGCUCCCGCUGCUUCCCCCCCUGCGAGGUGUCCUGCUGCCAGCCCAUCGCCAACGCCUGGAGCCAGCCCUGUGUCACCUCCUGCGGGGACUCCCGGGCUGUGGUCUACCCACCCCCCGUGGUCAUGACCUUCCCAGGCCCCAUCCUCAGCUCCUGCCCUCAGGAGAGCAUAGUGGGCAGCUCAACACCAUCCAGUGUUGGGAGCUGGUUUGGAUCCACGAGCUCUCUGGGUCCCACUGGUUCCUAUGGCUCUAGGAGCUUGUACAAUUAUGGGAGGUCAUAUUCGUCCUAUGGAUCCAGUAGUUAUGGUUUUGGGAGCUGCAGACGAUGUUAA